GCCGCCAGUCGACAGGUCCCAGUGGAAAGAUGUACACAAUUCUAGUUGGAUUGGCGAUGCUGUUGCCUGUGGUGCUGGGCCAUGGCAGGCUAAUGGAUCCGCCGGCACGAAAUGCCAUGUGGCGCUUUGGCUAUCCCAAUCCCGUCAACUAUAAUGACAACGAGCUCUUCUGCGGCGGCUAUGCGGUCCAGUGGGAGCAGAACAGUGGACGCUGCGGCGUUUGCGGCGAUGCCUACCACGUGAAAUCGCCGCGACCGCACGAGGCGGGCGGCGAGUAUGCCAAGGGCAUCAUAUCGCGCUACUAUACCGCCGGCCAGGAGAUUGACGUCGAGGUGGAACUGACGGCCAAUCAUUAUGGCCGCUUUGAGAUGUAUCUGUGUCCCAAUAAUAAUCCCCGCCAGGAGGCCACCCAGGAGUGCUUCGAUCGCUAUCCAUUGUUCAUCUCGGGUAGUCGGGAGCAUCGAUACCUUAUACCGCGGAACACCAAGAAGAAGGACAUCUUUCGCUAUAGCGUCCGCCUGCCAGCCUAUGUCACCUGCACCCAGUGCGUCCUCCAGUGGACCUACUACACGGCCAACAUGUGGGGCACCUGCUCGAAUGGCACCGAAGCCGUCGGCUGCGGCAAGGCGGAAACGUUCCGCAACUGCGCGGACAUUGCCAUCAUCUCCAAUACAGGCGGCGGCGUACCGCCCAUUUUUGUCAACAAUAGAUCCCCGUACUUGCUAUACUAUCGUGAUUAUCGGGCACCCGACGAUAACAAUGUGUUCCCACUGAUUGUGCGCGAUCAAAAGUGCAUUGGUGCGCCGCCCUUCCGCUCGCUGCCCGGCAUUGAUUACUGGUGUGAGAUCAACUGUUUGCGCUAUCCGCCCAAUUGUCCCGAGACCGCAUGCCAUUGUCCUCAGGAGUGCGUGGCCAUUGGCGAGCUGGAGGGACGCGAGGGCGCGGAUACAUACUGCAUGGACGAGUGCCUCAAUUAUAAAUCGGAAUGCCCGCGCGACAGAUGCCGUUGCUUUUAGAACGAGACAAAACAUAUGCAAAAC